UAACCCUUGAUCGAAUGUCAGAUAGCAAGCCGCCGCAUAGGACGUCGUCUUAUGCACGGCUAAAGGCAAAAUUAAUUAGAAAUCCCUCCGAUAUCGGCCACAAAAAGGAUUGGAAACGUCCAGACACGCCAGAAGCUAUCGUUCGACAUGCCUUACACGGCGGAGCUCGGGCAUUCCUUUUGGCGUACGGAGUACGAGCUGGCGUCAAUUUCUGUUUGUACCUGUUGCGUGUAGCGCGGAAAAGAGCUCCUCUAGCCAACAUUCUCCAUGCGUCGUUCCAAAGCUUGGAUGCUUUGCGCUUCGGCGCCAUGUUUGGCUCUUUUUCGUUGCUCUGGAAACUGAUCAACAACGGUAUGCGGCACUAUCGUGGUAAAGAAGACCGCUUUAACGGUAUGGUUGCAGGAUCCAUCGCUGGCUUAAGUAUUCUAUUUGAGAAGAAAGAGCGCAGAGUUGACAUUGCACAGCAGUUCUUUGUCAGAGCUUUGCAAGCUCUUUAUAAUGCCGGCAAGGAGAGAGACAUUGUCAACUUUAAGAAUGGCGAUGCUUUAUUGUUUGCUCUCACGUCAGCUCAAGUCCUUUAUGCUUAUACUAUGCAGCCACAAACUUUACCGCCAGACUUCUAUAGCUUUAUGCUUAAAGCUGCUCGCGUUCCGAAAGAUCUGCUAGAAUUGAAUAAUCUAAACGUUCGUGGAGUUCCACUUGAUACACUAGCUGUCGUUGAUGCAGUGCAGAAAUUCAGACCCACUGCCCAUGCCCUCAAAAUCGCCCAAACUAUACCACCAUAUCCUCCUGUCCUUCCAUGUGAAUGCAUUCACCCUUGGGUCGACGGCUGCAAUAAGACAGCUAUUGAGCGCUUUUCAAAGGUCUUCAAAAGCAUGUUGCCUGUAUACGGCACUUUACAUUUUGUACCGAUGUUGCUGCUGAGAACUGAGCACUUGAAGAGAGAUCCGGUAAAGCUGCUGUCUAAAACAACGGUUGCUACAAUGAAAUCCGGUGCUUUCUUGGCUAGUUUUGUUAUGCUCUACCAGUAUCAGAUCUGUGGACAUCGUAAUCUUGUGAAGGCAGGAUUGACUACCUUCAAUAGUAAAUACUUGUACUGGCUUGCAGGAUUUAUUUGCUCAUAUAUUAGUAUCUUCUUCGAAGACAAAAGAAGACGAACCGAACUGGCUUUAUAUGUCUUACCAAAAGCCCUCAAGAGCUUUUAUGAAAUAUGUUAUCAACGUAAAUGGAUUAUCCGAAUCAAGCACUUUGAGGUCGCUAUGGCCUCAUUCGCUAUGGGUGUCAUUAUGUCUUUCUAUCAAGAUGAACCAGAUGUCCUAUCUGGAUUUGUUCGCAAAGUAAUGUAUCAAUUCUUCCAGAAAAAUUAGAAACAUAACGGCAAUAAAAAAAAAAAUUACAAGUCUUGUCCGUAGGACUUGAC